AUGACAACGAUUCCAGCCCGUUUGGCCAAGGCUGCACAGGUGUCACACUCUCUGCAACAUGCACAGAGUCGUGCGCGCUCAUUGUACCGCAGUUUUUACCGUUCUGUGCCGGAGAUCUGUGCUCUGUACCCGCUUGACGUGCCACCAGCCUUGCUGCGUGCCAAGAUCCGCACCAAGUUCGAGCGCUAUCGCAACGUGACUGAUGUUGCCGUACUUGAUGUCCUGCUGCUCAAGGGACAUCAGGAAUACCAGGAGACCAUGAAUGCAUGGAAGCAGGCGCCGCACGUCAUGCAGUGGUUCCGUGAGGAAGAGGCUCCUGCCAAACCAAAAUCUUUCUUGGAGAAGUUCUAUGCUACGCGUGAUGAGGGACGAGGCCCCACGCACGAGGGACUCUAA